CAGACCACUACCACACCACUGUGAGUACUGUUGAGUACUCCUAAAGGCACUGACAAUGGCCCCUGCAAGCGCUUUCACGCCGAAGGCGUCACUAACCGACGCUCCCACCAACCUGAAGGAGGCCAUUGACUGGGUCCUGAGGGUUACUGGUAGGGAUGGUAAGGCACUGAGUGAUGAUGAAUGUAUAUGUGGCCUGGCGGCGGCAGUGACUGACCUACUGCAGUCAGUAGAACUGGAGUACCAUGGCUAUCAAGGUGAUGUUAUGAAUGGUAGUCCUGACGCUGCUGACAAAACCAAAACCAAAGGCGCCACUCAACAGCAAGUCAAAGGCCACCUUAAUGGACUCUUCUCCCUAGUCCAGGGACUAGGUGGCACUGCAGUGGUACGGACCUAUAUAGACCAGCUGGCACAGGUACUCAGUGCACUCGUUGGGUGGAGUAAGAUAGUGAAGUGUUGGGACAAGGGCAAGUGCAAGGGGACUAAUGGCGAUAGCAAACCGCACGGCCAAAGUGGCAGUGGUGGCACUGGUGGCAAGUGCCAAUAUUUAGAGGAUGUAAAGCAUGAGAACAAGUGUGAGACGUGUGGGUGUAUGAAAUGGGAAGUGCCCAAGCCGGGUGAACACAGUAAAGGACACCAUCUGGGCAGGGGGUGUACAAGGUGUAGUGAUAGUAGUGAUCAGUGUCAGUGUAGUAGUAGUGGUGAUUGUAGUUCUGGCAAGGAGUGUAAAUGCGCUUUAGCAGGCAAAUGCUGCAAGUGUUGUUGUACGAAUUGUAGGGGGAGGUGUAAGAAUGGUUGGGGUGGAGAAAAAGAAUGUAUAUGUAAAAACGCAGAGGACAGCUAUCGAUCGGCAUACCCAGGAGAAACAUAUUAUAAGAGAACAUCAUACGUUGAAUCAAUAAAAAUAGAAAACACACCAUCGUGGAACAAUCUACAGCACUUACCACCUGGUAGUACUAUCAAUAGUACUACUAUUACUCAACGCCGUCACCACUGUGCCCGGAUCCUACUAGGCUCAGUAUGCCUCAUAUGGAGUGGACUCACUUAUAUGUAUUGGACUGGUAAGUGGGCCAAGGGUAGUCCCCGUUGGAACAACCAUAUCCUGGAUGGUACGGGUCUAGAUGACGGUACCCUGUCCCAAUGGCUACAGGCCUUAGGGUUCCCUAAAGCAAUGCUUAAUAAUAGUGGGCCACAGAAUCGACUUGAUAAGGUCAUAUGGGAUGGACUUAGUGAUAAGUUGCUUCUAGGGUUUGCUAAGCCUAGUGGCGCCACUGGCUGGGACAGUGAGGGUAAUACAGCAAGGAAUCCAUUCGCUAUGAACUAUGCCGGUUUGGUACAUACUAUACAUAGGGAUUCAUUCAACAAUGAUGGUGCUAUUGUGUUCCCUAAUGGCUCUUCCUCAAGUAGUAAUGACAUUGACCAGCACAAACGAGGUGCUCUCUUCAAGCUCUAUAUUCUAUCAUGUGCUUACUUUACAGGGUUACAGAACAAAGCUCCGCCGAAGGCGGACAAUAAAGCUCCCCGUACUAUCCGGGAAAUCCUCUACUGGCUAAGUGCAUUGCCCUAUAGUCAGGCAUAUCCAAUGAUAUUGAAGCAUGGUAAGCAUAGACUAACCGAGGUACUCAAAAAACCCGAUGGGAGUGACUCUAGUACUGACAAUGACCAGAAACAACUGAAGUUUCACCAGACAGGCCGCACAGCACCCAUUACCGUUCAUGAAUUCAACCUGUUUGCCCACUUCCAAGCGGUGACUCAGUACUGCCCACUGGUGCUCAUAGGUAUCCAGGGUGGACUACACAGCACUAACAGCAGUACUCCUGCCAUUCAUUCCCUCUAUGCCAACACUGAAUGCCACUUCACCUAUCCCACUGUGUCCAUCCAAGCAUACAACCAAGUGGUCCACUACAUUAGGGCUCUAUUCUACCAGUUAUACUUCCUUAGGAAGCAAUGUGCAGUUAAAGUCACUUGUGGAGGGAAAUGGCGUGAGUGUAGGUAUGGCAGUGGAGUGAUUGGGAAGGAUGUAGUUAGCUGGAUGUGCCUGGGGUGUAGCCCCAUGGAGCAUGAUAGGAAAAAGAGGGUUGAGAAGGUAAAUGGGGAGUUGGGGAAAGUAUUGCCCCAGGGGAAAUCAGAGGAAGAAGAUGAUGAAGCUAUUGCAAAGACUUUGAAAACAUUAUUGGAGAAUAUCGGAGAAGUAGUGGUGCAAUUGGGUAAUGCACAGGAGGCAUUGGAAAGGAGGAAGGGAAUAGAUGGGGUGAAGCGGGCACUAGAUAGGGCUAAGGAUGGACUACAGAGGGCUAAAGAGAAUGAUGGGGAAAACGUGGGAACUAGGUUAUAUGGGAUACUAGAGGAGAAGGUGGAUGAAGGGGUGGAGGAUAAGCUGAAGGAUAAUCUAACAAAGGUUAAGGAUGCACUAAACGCAUUGACGACGAAUGGUGGUAAUGGAAAACUGAAGGAUGUAGUGGAUAAACUAGGUAACGAUCCCAGCAGUGCUAAGGAUAAUAUAAGUGCUGCUAUCCAUAACGUACUAGAAGUACUGAGGGCACUAAUGAAAGGACUUGAAGCAGCAGGAAAAAAUGAAGAGGCAAAGAAGAAACUGGGUAACCAUCAAGAAGCACUGCUCAAUGCCACAAGCAAACUCAAAGAGAUAUGCAGCAUCGCCAGGUGCCCAGGAUGUAACGACCAUUCCAAGAAGUGUGGCCAAAAGCCAGUGCCCACCACCUGUAAUACCUGCCACCAACAAUACAUGGACGGCUUUCCCUCCCCCCUCCAGGCAUUCCUCGAGGAUAGGCUACCAGGUUUUAGUUGUGACGAAGUGGUGAACGAUGACAAGGACAAUCCAGAUUAUCCACCCGCUGCAUCCCACCUAGAACACUGUAAUGGCUCAGGCCAGUGCUGCCCACUGCCAAUGGGUUUCAGGGGGCAGUUCCUCAAGGGAGGCAUCAGUGAUUGUACCGGCAAACGCCUUUACGGCAUCCUCUACUUCUUCAGUAACGGGGACAUGAUGCAGUCGUGUGUUUAUACACUAGUGAGGGUCACAGCCGCACUCAGUGCUACGACACCACAGGUAUUGGGUGAUGUCUUUGGGUUCUUUAGAGGUGGUGUGGGAAAUCCAGAGCAACAGGAGGGGCAACAGAAGGGGACAAAUGCCAACAAAUGUGACCACAGUAAGAAGCUGUCUGAUAAAAAAACUGAUGACUACUUUUGCGGCUGGUGUGCCUCAGGGUUACGGGAUGAAGUAAAGAAGAUAGAGUGGAUACCAUUUGACAGUACUCCAGGUGGACAAUACCUGAGCACUGUCGGUAAAGCGCUCAGAGAUAUUAAGGGGGAUAAGGGCAGUAGUGGCAAACAGACAGGCACUACUUCCCUCUCGACCCUGACCAAGGAUUCUGAGUACCUUUCCCCCCUAACCGGUGAGCUUUAUACAGCGGUGAGUGCUACGUUCGGCAGCACAUACCUCUCAUGGGUACUAUACCUAUCAGAUUCCCUAUACUGGGGAUUACAGUCACUUGCCAGUGAGUUCCUUCAGAUUGAAUGCCGUGGUUGUAGAGAGUGUGAUCCCAAUAAGUGCAAGAAGGGACAUCAUGGAGCAAGUAGUGAUGGACAGUGUGGAUGCCAAUCGAUCGUCUCAUGUACCGGGGUACUGCCGGUAUUGUACAGACAUGGCUUUAGCUAUGGUAACCCAUUCAAUCUGGAGGGGUACCAGCAGAAGGAUAAGGACAAGGGGGAUUAUAGUAUACAGAAGGCACAGAGUACUAAGCAUUGUCAUCAGUUCUUGGACAGUAUCAAUGCAGUGAUCAAGACAGAGAGUACCACUCCCCUCACCAACCUCCUCUCCCAGGUCGGCAAACUCCAAUACGACAUACGGCUCCCCUGGAUCUUUGUUCUCACGGUAGCUUGGCUAGUAGCGGUACUGUACCUGGCCUUUGGAGCCAUAUGGCCACUGGACUGGACACAUAUGAGGUCGCAUUGGUUACGGGGUGGAGAACACCAGUGGCAAUGCAUGUGGUAUAAGGUGAUGACGGGACGCAAAGGAAUGGCACUGGUGGAGUAUUUUGGUAAGACAUAGUGGCGCCUUCGGCGCAACGGUGCUAAAUGAUAUACACUAGUGUCACUCACUAUAUAUAGUAGCGGUAUAGGUAGUGAUCCUAUAAUGGGCAUUAACAGGGUACACAUUCCGGUGAAACCAGUGCAUUAAGCAGUGCUAAUAUAGAGUAAGUGGGAUAUCUGUGGAAGGCUGCAGUUAGU